CCGAACCAGCAAUCAGCCCCGCGACGUCAGAUCCGUGUUCAGGCUGUGCAAGACAUUUCGCGAUAGCAAAGGCGACAGGGAGCUUGUCUGGUGCCGGAGCACUCGACUAACCCGGUAAUUCUCGGAUGCUUGGAAAUCAUUGCCUCUAAACCGCCCGCGCGCCCCCCUUAUCGAUAAGAGCUGUGGAGAGCUCACUUACUCAGAACCUGCCCAUUGCGGAUAUGUUCUCCCCCUCGUCAGCUCUGUCCAAUCCUUCCUGCAUGCAGUGCAAGUUUCAGACGGCCAUGGCUUCCAAAAUACCGGUCUUCCUGCUCAAGACCAGGUCAGUUCCCGGCGAUGCCUAUGAGGAGCUCUUUUCAACCCCUGCGGAUGGUUUCGACUUCGAGCCGUCCUUCGUCCCGGUGCUCGAGCACCGCUUUGACGAGGAAGGGCUAGCCAAGGUGCGCAGUGCGCUGCAGAACAGGUCGAUCAGCUCGGCUGUGGACAGCACCUACGGCGGCCUCAUAUUCACCUCGCAACGCGCUGUCGAGGCUUUCGCCAAGCUCGUCGAGGAAAGGAGAGGGGAAGAAGAUGGUUGGCCGCAUCUGCAGGACGUUCCUGUCUACAGUGUUGGGCCCGCAACCACGCGCGCCCUGAAGGCGGUUCCCCAAGUGCCCCCUCUACAAGUCUUUGGUGAGCACACCGGGUCUGGCGACAAACUGGCGCCCUUCAUUUUGGAGCACUACGGAGAAUGGUACAAAGGCCGAGAGCCCAUGCCUCCUCUGCUCUUCCUUGUGGGCGACAAACGGCGCGAUGUCAUUCCCCGGGUGCUGACAGAGGCGGGGUGGCGCCUGGACGAGGUGGUCGUCUACGGCACCGGGGAACUGGAGUCGUUCAAGGAGGACUUCACUCAGCGUCUUCGGGAGACGGCAGACCGGCCAUUGAGAUGGGUGGUCGUGUUCUCUCCUAGCGGGUGCGGCAGCAUGCUGAGCGCCCUGGGUCUGCUUGACGAAAGCACCGGCAGGGCCAAGCCAAAGCAGCCAGAUCGAGACACCUUGAUUGCGACGAUUGGACCGACAACACGCGAUCAUCUGAUGCAAAAGUUUGGGUACGAACCAGACGCCUGCGCCAAGCAGCCGACCCCGGAGGGCGUCUGGCAAGCCAUUUCCCGCUUCAGCAAAGGCUCAGAAUAGAACAAGCCUAGAACACCCAAAG